AUGACUUCCUUGAGAUGUGAUGGCUGGACUUGGCGGUCUAUAGGUAGUUUCCUGCGGCACUUGAAGUUGGGGCGUUUCCUUGGCGCUGUGACACGCGACGAUGCUUCUGCGCGAUUACUCCUUGACGGAGAUGCUUCGUUGAGCUUAGGCAGUGCGACAUGUCCUCGAGGGAGAAUGCAAGCUUUUCCGGCGGCCGUCGACCGACUUCAAGAGGGGAAAGGGAAGUUUCUGAAGGCUGUCACUUGCUAA